AAGAGAUCUAGAGUGCCUGGUGUUAUGAUCACCCAGUACGUCAAGGAACUGCCACGUGGAAAAUCUACACCUGAUUUCACCAGAAAACCAAUUGCCUUGACAGUUCAAGAAGGCAAAGUGGCCAUUUUUAAAGCGGUGGUGAGCGGAGAUCCAGCACCAACUGUAACAUGGGCUCGCAACAAGGCUGACAUUUCUGAUCCAGAAAAAUAUAAGCCGAGAUAUGAUGAAAGGAACAGAGAACAUGUUCUAGAGAUAGUAAAUGUGCAAGUAGAUCAAGCAGAUACGUACAAAUGUUUCGCAACAAAUCAAUUUGGAAAAGCCAUGUGCACAGCUGCAUUGAGUGUAUUUGCAGUUGGAUUUAAGAAAAAGUCAAAAGAUACAUCACAAAAAGAUGACCUAAGCAACGAUCCUGAGGACUUCAGGAAAAUGCUUAGAAAAACCACAAUUGUCAAGAAGAGAAAGGAAAAACCCAAGAAAGAGGGAGAGAUUGAUCCAAAAUUCUGGGAAGUGAUGCUAAGUGCCAAAAAAUUGGAUUAUGAGCGCAUCUGUCAUGAAUUUGGAGUCACUGACUAUCGGUGGAUGCUAAAACAGCUCAACCUGAAGAGAAAGGAGAAGGAGGAUGAACAAGCAAAGGUGGUUGAAAAUGUUGACAACAUGAAGCCGAUUGAAGUGAAGACAAGUGACAGAGCUGAGUUUGAGUUUGAUAUGAAGCUUAAGGACACCAACAGUAAAAUUUAUCUCUUCAAAGAUGGUCAAAUGCUUGAUUAUGGCAGUGACACUGAUGAUUCCUCCAAACACAAUAUGAAGAAAACUGGUGACAAAUACAUGUUUAGCAUAAACAAUCUUGGCUUAAAUGAUGGUGGACUAUACCAAGUGGAUGUUGAAGAUGUCAACAUUAUCUCAACGACCUUAGCAAUUUUUGAUGUGGAAUUUGAUGGUAUGCUAAAAGAUGCUAAAGUGGUUGAGGGGGAGGAUGCCAUAUUUGAGGGCAUUUUUUCUGGCCCUGUACCUCAAAUCACUUGGUGUGUCAAUGACAUCUCUGUUGAGCAUGGAGACAAGUACAAUAUCACAGUCUCUGAAGACAAGCUCACCCACAGAUUGGUAGUAAAGAAUUGCAAAAAAGAGGACAAGGGUGUGUACACUGCAAUUGCUGGGAUUAAUUCAUCCAGGGCCACCCUCACUGUUGAUGAGGACCCUAACAUCAAGGGAAAAGGUCAAGGUGGUUCAAGUGAUGGAGCAGAUGUUUUUGCAAGACGUCUGGCAGAUGAACAGGCCAGACUGCAAAGAGAAAAAGAUGAAGCAGCCAGGAGAGGCAAGGGAACAGAUGGGAGAGGUGAUGGAGCGGAUGACCGUGGUAGUGCAGCGGAUGGUCGUAGUGAUGGAGUGGAUGGCCAUGGUGGUGCAGCGUAUGGUCGUGGUGAUGGAACGGAUGGCCAUGGUGGUGCAGCGGAUGGUCGUGGUGAUGGAACGGAUGGCCAUGGUGGUGCAGCGGAUGGUCGUGGUGAUGGAACGGAUGGCCGUGGAGGACUUGGUGGAGUUGGAAGAGAAGGAUUUGGAGGAGAUGCAACAGGAAAGUAUGGACAAGGUGGCCUUGGAGGACUUGACGGAAGUGGAGGGAAUAGACUUGGAGGAGAUGCGACAGGGAAAUAUGGACAAGGAGGAGAUGGUAAAGAUGGAAGUGGGAGUAUUGGAAAGGUUUCUGGAAUGGGUUUGGGAGCAGACGGACUGGGAGGCCAGUCAGCUGUGGUUGGAUCUGGUGGUGAUGGUACAGAUGAUAAAGUGCACUUUGCAAGUGGCUUAACAGACAAAAAUGCUCUCCGUGGCAAACCUGCAGAGCUAGUGUGUAAACUAAAUACUGACAAAAUUGAUGGUGUGUGGUAUAAAGAUGGAAAUAAGCUGGCUUCCAAAGAUGGAGUGGUGAUCUCUAAGGAUGGUUGUACACAUAAGCUCAUUAUCCAGAAUUGCAAGGAUUCUGAUGUAGGUCUUUAUCAUUUUGAGGUAAAUGGUUGCAAGACAGAGGCCAUGGUGAGAGUUGGAGACCUUCCAGAAUUCGAUCCUGAUGCUUUCCAAAAGUUCUCCAACCCUGUGAUAGUGAAAGCAGGCCAGAGUGCAUCUUUUAAGAUGGCAUUUCCUCCACAAGCUUCAUUGGAGAUUAAAUGGUUUAAAAAUGGCUUGGAGCUUCUCGAUGGUGGUUCGGUGAAAGUUGUGAAGGAAUUGAACCACAGUCGUCUUCAAAUAAAAGAUUGCCUGCGAUCAGAUACUGGUCAAAUCAAAAUCCAGCUAAAAAAUCCUUUUGGUUCUAUUGAAGCUUUGUCAAGCCUUACAGUACUAGACAAGCCAGGUCCACCACAAGGCCCACUAGAAGUGAAUGAAAGCACAUCCUCUGUCCUUGAACUGAAAUGGAAUCCUCCGAAGGAUGAGGGUGGCUCAGAAGUAACCAACUACAUAAUUGAGCGUCAACAGGUCGGGCAGGGAGCCUGGAAAAGGGUUGGGGAUAUUUCAGCUAACCAUCUAACCUUCAGAGACAGAAACGUGUCUCUUGGCAAGAGGUACAUCUAUCGCAUCUAUGCUGAGAAUCUUGAGGGCGUCAGUGAAGCGAUGGAGACUGAAAAAAUCAUGGCUGGCUCUUUAAUGUUCCCUGGUCCACCAGGCACGCCGAAGGUGGUCAGUGCAUUCAAAAACUGUAUAAACCUAAUAUGGACCCCACCAGAGAAAUAUGGAGGGAAUAAAAUCUUGGGCUACCAGCUAGAGAAACGCAAAAAAGAUACAAACCAGUGGGUGACUCUGAACCUAGUUAAGGACCCUAUCCAAGAUCUGAAGUAUGCAGUAAAGGAUGUGUCAGAGGGGUCAGAGUAUGAGUUCAGGGUAACAGCCAUUAAUUUGUCUGGGCCUGGAGAACCCAGUGCUCCUUCUAUGAUGGUCUGCGCUAAAAACCCCAACAAGAAGCCACAUUUCAAAGAUCCUGAAGACUUUAUGGUUGUGAGAUCAGGAAAUUCUAUCAGAAUCAGAAUUAAUUAUGAGGCCUCUCCACCUCCAGACAUUACCUGGCUUAAAAAUGGGGAACCUGUAUCUCCCUGGAACAAGAUAAUUCAUGCUGAUGGCACUUGUACGCUUGUCAUACCCUCCUCAAGGUACUCAGAUUCAGGAGUGUACACCAUUGUGGCCAAAAACUCAAGUGGGCAAGCCAGCUUCGACAUAGAGGUCAGAGUAACAGAUGAACCCAAGCCCCCAGGCCCAGUGGAGCUAGAACAGGUGGUUUAUGGCAAAGUCAUUAUCACAUGGAGUCCAUCUCCAGACCACAACAAAGACGACCGACUGCACUACAUGUUGGAAGAAUAUAACUCCAACACACGCAUUUGGCGCAGAAUAGCAGACCACCUUCUCUGUACUACCUACACUACCAGCAUUCAACCAGGUCAAGAAUAUCACUUCAGAGUCUAUGCAAAAAAUGAUAUGGGAGUUUCUGAUCCUUCAGAAUCACCAACUUGGGGCAAAAACAACAAUAAAGUUCCAAUGUUCUCAUCUGUGUCAGCUGUCGUCACUUUGGAAAGGCCACCAUCCGUCCUGGUUCCACUGAAACUCCACACUCCACCAAAAGGAUACCAGUGCUACAUGACCUGUGCUGUCCGCGGCUGUCCCAGCCCAUACAUUGCAUGGUACCAUAACGGGAUUUGCAUCAACUCCGACAACAACUACUACAUCACAAACGCAUCUGGCAUCUGCUCUAUGUAUAUCCUCAGAGUUCGGCCUGAAGAUAGUGGCGAGUACAAAGUGGUGGCAGUCAACCCAUUUGGCAAGGCAGAAUGUUCUUCUACAUUAAAAGUGAAAGAUUGA